AUGGACAGAACCUUGGAGUCCCUGAAACACAUAAUUGCUCAAGUCCUGCCUCAUAGAGAUCCAGCUCUUGUAUUUAAAGACUUGAACGUGGUCUCGAUGCUUCAAGAGUUUUGGGAGAGCAAACCGCAGUGGAGGACUGUAUUGCCGGGUGAAGGGACAGUGGUGUAUGAAUCUCUUCCAUCCCCGGGGCCUCCAUUUGUGAGCUACGUCACCCUCCCCGGAGGGAGCUGCUUUGGCAACUUUCAGUGCUGCCUUAGCAGAGCGGAGGCCAGGAGAGAUGCAGCGAAGGUGGCUCUGAUCAACUCCCUCUUCAACGAGCUGCCCUCCCGCAGGAUCACGAAAGAGUUCAUCGUGGAGAGCGUGCACGAAGCCGUGGCCUCCACCAGCGGUUCUUUGACCGACGCCGAUGAUCCCAGCACCAGCAUCGGCGCCUACCACUACAUGCUGGAGUCCAACAUGGGAAAAACGAUGCUGGAAUUUCAGGAGUUGAUGAUCGUCUUCCAGCUGCUGCACUGGAACGGAAGCCUGAAAGCCCUGCGGGAAACCAAGUGCUCCCGGCAGGAAGUGAUCGCCUACUAUUCGCAGGUUUCUCUGGACGGACGGAUGAGAAGUCACAUGGCCCUGGACUGGAUCAUGAAGGAGCAGAGCAGCCCGGGGAUUCUCUCUCAGGAACUGCAGCUGGCGCUCCGGGAGCUGGAGCAAGCCAGAAAGGCCGGCCAAGAGCUGCGCUUCUACAAGGAAAAGAAAGAAAUCCUGAGCCUGGCCCUGACCCAAAUCUACAGCGACCACUCCAGCUCGUCAGCCGGAGAGGACCAGCUGGACCUCACGGGAAGGGGCUACCGCUAGCUGGGGUCUAGACCCCCAACGUGCCGGACCCUGAGGAGCCUCUGACCCUUGAACUGAAGGGUCGGAAAGGAAACGUCUCUGGGGGAGUUUUACUUGACUUGGCUGGGACUUGACGUGGGACAAGGACAGCGUCCUGCGCUGGGGGAAAGGGAGGGGACCA